AGCAGUAUUAGAGUUGACUAGAGUGGUUUGCAGUGGUUUUGUUUAUGGCUGUUUGGUUCAAGGAGGGUUUUAGGGUUUUCAUUGUGCGGUCUUGUUUUAAUGCUUGAUGGGGACAAAUAUGGUUGAAGAUAAGGAGAUUCUAGUGAACUGGGCCGAAAUGCGGCAGUCGCUGUUGAGAAGUGCGAAGAAAAUGGCUGCUAAUCUCUUUAAGUUAAGAAUUUUGUACAACAAGUUAGACUAUUAUGCUCAAUUGGAGGUGUUAGAAGACAAGAUGAUAAUUACCCCUGACGACAUGGACAUCGAUACAGUCCUUUUCUUUGAAAGCCAUUUCCAGGGAGCCGAACCAAUCGUUGAUGAAGAAAGAAAAGUAUUCCGUUUACAGUUCAAUUUUAAAAAUUCAAGAAGAUCGCCAAUAAUUGCUAUUGUAAAGGACCGAGAUACCUUAACAAGACUGGAAAGUGCUGUCAGUAAAUUAUUUGGGGCUUCGACAGAUUUCGAUCCGAAUGAGAUAACAAUGGAAGAAGAAAAGAAACAAUCAACUAAUAAAAUAAAAAUUACAAAAUCAUAAACAUCAAAUUUUAUGCACUUCUCUUGUUUCCUCAACAAUGUAGCUUCUGUAGGGUUUUACACAAAAUACAAAUUUAUGUAUGCACAUACCAUUUUGAUAACAAGAAUAAUUUCAGUUUUGUAAUUCAGUAUAUUUGUUGGCAGUUACUCCUUUAUAUUUGUCAAUAAAUAAAGCAA